CCGGUAGCACUUUCUGAAAACCAACCUUUAUCCGUUUUUGUAUUUUGAUAUGAAUAUAUUAAUAAAUAUAUAUAUAUAUAUACACAUACAUACUUAUUUAUAUGUUAAUAGUCUCAAUAUACCACCUUGUGCAAAGAAAUACGCAAUUAGUGGUACGUGUUACUCAGUUCAAGAACCGCUGGUUCAUUAGCAUCGUAUUUAUUCUACGGUUGAUUUUUUUAAAGAUUGCAAAGAGUGUAUGUCUGUGAAUGUGCUUGACUGAUAGUUAAUUAUUUUAAAACAAAAUGUUCCUUGCAAACCUAAGAAAUAAAAAUCAACUAUUUUAUUGCUAUUAAUGGAUGUACAGAAAUAUAUGCUGAUUUUUUCAUUCACCAUUUCCACCUUAUUUCUACACAAUUUCCACCGUAUUUCUACACGAUUUCCACCUUAUUUCUACACAAUUUCCACCUUAUUUCUACACAAUUUCCACCUUAUUUCUACACAAUUUCCACCUUAUUUCUACACCAUUUCCACCUUAUUUCUACACAAUUUCCACCUUAUUUCUACAGCAUUUCCACCUUAUUUCUACACAAUUUCCACCUUAUUUCUACACAAUUUCCACCUUAUUUCUACACAAUUUCCACCUUAUUUCUA